AAAAGAACUUUUGCUUUCUUCUUUUUUCAAAAUAGGCCGAGACAAGUAGCACAACCCAACAAAGUAAAACGGUAGCGGUAGAGGCAAUUUUGGUUAGGUUGGUGGUUGGUUGUUGGUUGUUGUUUUGUGUUUAGUUUAACCCAAGGCUGGAUUUUUUUUUCUCAAUUCUGGAAAUCAAAUAUAGAGAUACUGGAAAUUUUGUUGAGUAUGGCAUUGGAAUUGAAUGAAGCCAGGAAAAAACUAGAAGCAGUUCUAAGUGAACCUCUGAGAACACAGUAUUUCGCUCAUUUAAGACAAUGGUUUAUAUUCAAUCCCACAUUAACUAAAGAAACAUUUGACGAAAAAGUCAACCAGUUGUUCCAAACUAGAGAGCAAAGGAUUUGCCACCAGUAUUUUCUCUUGGCAUUAUUGAAGAAGAGCCAGUGUAUAAGUAGAAUAAAACAAGUCAACAAAGGAGUUUUCGAGCCUGCUGACUACGUAGAUUAUGUGCAAGCAAGAAAACCAAAUCGGCCAUUACCAUCAAACUACACCUAUCCUCGUUUAGCCUCAGAAUUAUUUACACCAUACAGUGGUUUCAUAACUUGUAGAAUCAAUAUUGCAGCUUGGGAAUGUGGGAUGGAAGGAGCGGAUGCUGAUGUAACUCAACUUAUUGCUCACGCUUGUCAGACGUUUUUAAAAAAUAUAAUUACCGCAAUGAUCACAAAAGCUAAAGGUUAUAAAAUAAGAGAAAAUAAAUUUCAAUAUGGUUUUAAUAUGCCUAUACCUGAUCCAAACAUUAGAAAUUCAAACAAUAUUAUUGACGAAACUGUAGAACUUAGCGAUCUAAAUGAAGAUCCAAUUUUGCCAAAGUAUAAAAAAUCGUUAGAAAGAACGAUCAAAGAAAGAGCAUUCGCUCAUGCAGCUAGCAAAAAGAGGAAACCGAAUGUUAGUUUAGAUACAGCAUUGUUAUAUGAAACUAUUAGAGGAAAUCCGAAACUUUUAGGUUUGCACGGGCUUCACAGCGUGCAACUGCUAAAAUUAAGUUUGCACGAGGGCAGGGAACGAAGGGUUAAGCUUGAUGAAGAUGUUGAUAGUUCUUGACAAUUGUUUGGAUUUUGAUUUAGAUCAUCAAAUACAUAGUACCUAGGUCUAAUUUAUUUAGAAUAUUUAUUUAUUUUGUUUAAUUCAAAUUAACCGAGGAUAAGUAGUUGUAAGUUUUUAGACCAUAUUUGUCCAGAUUUAGGUAUCCAGAAAUUAAACAAUGUAUUGAUAUUACAAAAGUUAAUUUUUUAAAAAUAUUUUUUUAUACUUUAUACAGUGAGGUUGAGUAUUAGUUUAAAGUUUUUUUUUUAAAUAUUUUUUCUCAACGUUGGAUUUCUUUAUAUCAUAUUGUAAAUUGUAUUUUUAAUCUAGGUAUGUAAUAUUCUUUUAUUUUAUUGGGUAAUAAUUUUGGUGAUAUUGUGAUAUUUUGUUUAGAAAUUUAGUUUUUUACUAUAAUUUUUUUUGUAGACCUUUCAGUGUAAAUAUAGUGAAAUAUAAGAAAUUG